AAUAAUGAAGGGAAUAAAAGAGCAUAGGAAUAAGCAUAGACGCGUCAAUUUGGCUGUCAAAAAUCCCGAGUUUAAAUUUAACUUUAAAGAUAUUGUUAAAUAUAACGUUACGGCUCUGUAUGUAUUUGCCUUUAUGGUACCAAAUAUUACAGGGUUUAUGAGCGGUUUUUUAUUUGGAUUAAGAUUUCUGCUUUUUGUAGUUUGUGUUUAUAUUUGUCAAAUUGCAACUGAAGCUAUCAAUUUGUUUCGUAUAGAAGGAAGCGUAUCUGACAUAGCCUCAGCAUCUUUUCUGUUUUUGACACAUAUGGUGCAAGUGGUCAAAGUCUAUUAUUUGUAUAAAUAUAUUGGAAGAAUAAAAAUACUCAUUAAUUUAAUCAAUUGCAAAGAAUUUCAGCCGAAAUCAAAUUUUCAAAGAGAAACAUUGAAAUCGUACAUUAAAAUGGCCAGAUUUAUUACAUUAAGCUUUUGGGGUGCUUGUGUUUGCACUUGCAGUUUUUGGGCUAUAUAUCCAUUCACAUUAAACGAGUUGCAACUUCCGUUAGCAGGAUGGUUUCCUUUCGAUACUACGAAAACUCCAUAUUUUGAAUGGGCUUACACAUUUCAAAUCAUUUCUACAGCCCUUAAUGGAAUUUCUAAUAUUAGUAUUGAUACUUUGAUGUCAAGUUUAAUAAUGGUGAUAUGUGCACAACUCAACAUCCUCAACGACUCCUUGAGAAAUAUCCGCCCAUUUGCUGAGGCGGAACUGGAUCAGAAGGGGUUCAGGAACGCAACUGAUAGAGAUGAGAUAUCACCGCGAUUACAGUAUACAAUGAACAGAAUAUUAGUAGAAUGUAUUGUUCAUCACAGAUGCAUUCUAAAGUUCUCAACGGAGUUCCAAGCUUUGUUUGCCAACAGCAUAUUGGGCCAAUUUAUUGUCAGUGGUAUUAUUAUAUGCGUCACUUUGUUCGAAAUGGCUAUGACACCGGCAGGAAGCAUUCAAUUCUUUUCGUUGCUACUCUAUCAAAUGUGCAUGCUGCUAGAAGUCUUUCUUUGCUGCUAUUAUGGAAACGAGAUUAUUAUUAAGAGCAACUCCCUGACUGUUUCUGCGUAUCAUUGCGACUGGGUUUAUUCUUCAGAGCAGUUUAAAAAGAAUCUAAUUUUUUUAAUGACCAGGAGCCAGCUUAAGACAAUAAUAUACGUAGGAAAUUUUAUACCGCUUUCCUUGGAUUCUUUUGUCAAAAUACUCAAGUCAUCUUGGUCGUAUUUUGCAUUACUUAUGAGUUUAAACAAAUGAAGGCAUAAACAAUGAAUUCGACGUUAUAGUUAACUUAUUAAUUGUUAUUGUUUAUUUUUAAGUAUUAAGUAG